UUCCAUUUCCAUCUUCACUUAUUUUAUUUUAAUUAAUUUCCGCCAAUAUUAAUAAUAAUAAUAAUGAACUUCGUCUCCAACAUCGCCAAGAAGGUCCAGCCGGCAAAGCCCUCCUCCGGCGACCCCCCCGCCGCCGACGCCGACCCCUCCUCCAACGCCGAUCUCUUCUCCAACGCCAAAGUCGUCGCCGACGCUGCCCAAUCGCAGUUCCGCAGCGAGGAUUACGAUAAGGCCAAGGCCGCCGGCGCCGGCGCCGACCUCCUCAACUCCGCCGCCGAGUACGGCAAACUUGACGAUACUCAGGGGAUCGGAAAGUAUGUCGAUCAGGCUGAAGGGUAUCUCCGCCAGUACAGUUCUUCUGAUUCCCAUUCUGGCCCCGCCGCCGCUGCCGCCGCCGAUGAGCCCGCCGGAAAACUGAAAACGGAAUCCGGAGCCCCCGAUUCCGACGAUCCUGUCAAAACCCUCGGCGGCGAUGGCGAUUCUGAUGCACCUAAAAGUGAUGUCCCCGCCGCCGCCGAGCCAGACGCCGGCGACGUGAAAACAACGAUCACUGAUUCAAUCAAAAGCGCCAUUCCGGCGGGGGGUGCGGGCCCCGACGACGGCGGAAAGGCUUCCGGCGGCGGCGCCGGGGAGUAUUUGGAGAAAGCUGAAGGUUUUCUGAGCAAACCGCCGGCCGGAGACGGCGAAGAAGAAAAGGCCGGCGAUUACCUGAAGGACGGAGAGGGUGAACUGAAGAAGCCCGGCGAAGCCGCCGGGGAAUACCUCAAGCAGGCGGAAGGUGUCUUUGGAAAGUCCUCCGGCGACGGUGGCGAGAAGGCGGAGGAAGCAUCGGAGCCGCCUUCCGCCGGCGGUUUUGGCAGUGCUGUGAAGGCCGCCGGAGGAUUUCUGAGUAAAUAAAAAGCUUCCCGCUGUUCCAUAUUUAUCGAUUACAGUUAUUAUUGUUAUUUAAAUAAAUAUAUAUAUAAUAUAUAUAAUAUAAAAUAUAAGCAUAUAUACAUAUAUAUAUAUGUGUGUGUACGGUAUGUAUGUAUGUAUGUGUACUGUUUUCGGUUUGUGUGGUUUUUUUGGGGUGUUUAAGGAUGUUGUACUCCAUGUUGAAUGUAUUUGCUGUCUUGAAAAUUAUUAAAUAUGAUAUUAUAUAAAUAAUUAUGUUUGCUUGGUUGUA